CAAUCGCAAGAGCUGCAGCGUUCUGCUUUCGCCACUGACAGUUGUGGUUGGUUGUGACAGGUGCAGGUGCAGAAGAAGAUGGUUUCAAGUACAAUCCCAUGUCGACUGUGUCGGAGAGUGGACAUGGUUAGCAUGACUAAUGGCUGCGCAUGAUCUUCAGCAGCUCUGUGAUGUUGAGUUUAAUAAGCUGACUUUGAAGCUUCAAAAAGGGUUGAAACAGGAUAUUGCCAGGAUUUAUGGUGAUUCCCUAUUUUGUGAUUUGGAAUUAGUUUUUGGUAAAACUUCAUUACACGUAAACUGUUGUUUGCUGGAAGUACGUGCAAAGUCCUUUUAUGCGCAGCUGUGCUCCCUUCAGCAGCUGUUUUCAAAAGGAUGUGAUCUUGAUAUUACAACUGUCAAAACAAUUGAAAAUUUUCUAAGAGAUGUUUAUGAAUGUGACGAUAUUAGCUCAGCAGAGGCUCUUCUUGUGGAAAGUCUGAAAAGUACUGCAAUAAGUCCUGAUAUCGACCAAUAUUCUACUCCUUUAACUUCGCCUUCAGAGAUUUUUAAUGAAGAAAAGAGUCUUGUCUUAAAUCCUGACCAUUCUUAUUAUUCAAUUGUACCUCUUGAUUGGGAGGAAGAAUUGGCGGAACAGGACUUUCUGAUUGAAUCUUUCUGUUCAAUAUUACGCAAAGAACAAAACCAGAAAAAAUUAAGACCACAAAAAUCUUCAUCUCUUAAUUUUAAAACAUACAAUAAGCAACAAGAUUCCAGAAGCUUAUUGGAUCUGAAGAGAGCUGUGGAAGAAGAUAGCCUAUUUCUUCAAGAAGAAGAUAUUCUUGGUUCAUAUGAAAAUUCAAUCAUUAUAAACAAUCAUUUCUUGGAAUCAAAGUCAAAAAAAAUAAAAUGCAGUGUAAUUCACCGUGUCAACAAGGAAUUGGACAUUUCCUGUGAUGAAUGUGGAUUUUUUGAUGCUGAAGAUUCUUCCAGCCUAUACAAUGAAGGUCUAGCUGACAUUCUUAAGGUUGUAUCAGAUCAGAGUAAAAUGAGUUCAAAUAUGGAUAUGGGGCCAGACUCUGGUCUAGCUACAAGUGCAGAGGAUAUCCCCCUUGAUCAAGAAAGUGGUUUGGAAGUGUCUAAAUCCAUUUCCUCAUCCGUUUCAUCAGAUUGUUGUGUUUGGGACUCGUCUGGUGCCCCUCAGACCACUGAUGUGGCUUCAUGGGUGGACCAGGCGCCUCAUCCUGAUAAUACAAAUGUUCAAUCAGAUUUUGUGGAUCGUGUCCUGGAGGAACUUGUUGGCAAGAGUCAAAACUCGAUUCCUGCCUCAAGUUGUGUGGAUAGUUUUGCAGCAGUUGGUGUUACAAGUACUCCCAAACAUUGUUUUUUCAUAGAUGCUUCGAGCCUACUCGAUGAAAGUGAGAUUGCCACCUCUAAAGCAGAGCUGGAUUCUGAUGGAAGUAAAUCUGCACCCACUCGCCAAGUUGUUGAUGCCUGUGUGAUGUCAGAAACUGGAAUAACAGAAAAAUGGAUGACUUUUAAUAAAAUAAGUGGUGUUUCAAGCCUGUCACAAAUAAAAGAAAAGGUCACCUGUGAAGAGGAAGAUAGUGACUUAAACAUGGAGAAAAACACGGAGGAAACAUGUGAAAACGAUUCAGUUGUUGAGAAUGUAGUUAAGACUAGAAGAUUGCAGUCAUGCCAAGAAUCUGUAAAAGAUGAUAAACCACCAUCAUUAAUCCGCAGUGAUACAUUUGAAUUAGAAACUGAGGAUGAAAGACUCGCAAUUCUCAGGCAGGAUUAUGAGCGUAGACAAGGAAGCUUGAUUUUUCAGAGAUGUUUGUCUCAGAGCUCAGGUCCUCUUUCUGAUGGUGGGUCAGAACAUGAUCUCAACCAGCACUGUACUUCAUUAAUCCUCCCAGAUCUGGACCCCACUCUGGCAAUGGCAAGCAUGUCAUUAUUUCCAACACAUGUGGUUGAUGAAGAAAUUCAGACUCCAGAUUCUCUCAACAAUGAUCUUCCAGGAGCUCUGAACAUGGACAGAUUUAACAUAAGUAAAUCAGAAGAUGAAGGGGCUCAGUCACCAAAGGAGGAUGGCGUUGAUGGUGUAGUGACUCAGACUGGUGUGGGAAGCCUGCCUCCCGACUUUGUGUCUCAUAUAAAGAGUGAUGUCUCAAGUCCUCUGUUUUCUAGAAGGAAAACAGAUAGUGCUCCUAUUCUCUCUGGGGCAGCUCCUCCAUUGUCUCCAGUCAAAACUCCCUCUGAAAGAAAUGUGAAAAACCCUCUGACUAGUUCAGUUUUAUCUGCAUGGGUUGUUGAUAUCAGUGACUUGACAAACUCCCCUGAAGUGCGGAGAAGGAAAGGAGACUCCUCUCUGGACACAUCAGUUUCAGAACUUAAAGACGAACUGAGUGCUUCCGAAACCAAAAGCUCUUCUUCAAGCUUGGGCUUCUUUAUUGACUUAAAAGAUCCACAACCUUCUCUCGAAGACAAAUAUGACAGAAUACCGAAGAGUGAGGGAAGCAAAAUCUCUAGACAGUCUUCAGAUUCUGGAAAAAAUGGGAAACUUAAUGCAUGUGAGUUUUUUGUUGAUCUGAAACAUUCAUCUGCUCCUCAGAAGGAAUCAGCUAAACCCGAAACAGCACAAGGUACUGAGAAGAAACUGUUUUCCAUGUUCAUUGACAUUGGUGACAAAGGUCGCCCCAAAACAAAACCAGAGUUGUCAUCAAGGUCAAGAACUCCUCUUUCCUCUUUCUCUACCAAAUUGAAAACUGGUUCAGGAGCUGCAUCUGAUGGAUCAAAUGGUAAGUCCAGUGAACCGAAAGAUGGCAUAAGCUCGUUUUCACACUCUUUAUCUUCAUCAUCAAUUCAAAAUAGUGAUCCCAAAAAGAAUAGCUUCUUCAUGUUUAUCGAUUCUGAGUCAGGAAACCAGAAAGGUCCUACUUCCAGCAAGGGAGCUGCGAUGCAAAGCACUAAUAACAGCAAAGAAAGAACCACUUCUAGAAUCCAUCAUGUGAGAGCAAGCAGUGUCUCUUGUGAAAAAAAUGUACCCAGCUUUCUGUCAUCUUCAAGAAAUUUGAACUCUCAAUCUUUACAUAGUGUUGAAAUAAACAGUGAAAAUGAUGACCCUGCUGUGAAACCAAUGUUUGCAUCAUUUCAUGCAUCAUUACGCAUAGAAGAACCUCUUGAAGGAAGAAUGCAGAAAAGUCAAGAAGAAAUUGGUGAAUCGGAUUUAUCUAGUCACAUGACUACAGGUUCCAAUGAAUCGUCAGCAUGCUCUCUAGAAACUUACUCUGUCCAUACGCCUGACCAAUCUUCUGCAACUGAUAAUUAUUCCUCUGAGAAAAGAGACGAUUUCCAGUUCAAAACUGGUAAUGAUGGAAUGGUCAGUGAGGAACAAUCUCGAGAAACCGAUCAUAAAUCCUUGCCGAGACCUUCUGAAAAGUUUAAGAGUUCAUCAAAAGCAGGAAUUUCCUCAAAACCUGAAACCAAACUCAAGCUGGAAAGCAAGACAGCCAAAAGUUUUGUUCGUCUUUCAGAUUUAGAUAAGGAGCCCACCAACAUUUCUGACCAGACUGCCCCAUCAGCUGCUCACAGAAUGAGCCGAAGUAUUCCUGAGACAUCAUGGAUUGAGAGUAAAUUGUUAAUGUCUCAGUCUGUGGGAGGAGGAUCUGCAGCCAUGACCAGUUCAAGUCGUUCUUUGUCUCGUUUGUUCCCUCACUUAUCAAUGCAUAGUGGUAAUUUGGGACGUAGUAAAACUUCAAGCACCUGUAGUCCAUUUACAGAAGAUUAUGAUACAAUGCGGUCAUCACAAGUAUCGGACUUAAGUAGCAUGCAGAGCAGUGCAGGAUUAGAAUACAGCACUGAGUCAACAGAUAUAUCAUCUGACAGAGCAUCUCCUGCUACUCAAUUGGGUGAUGAUUUACUGAAGAUGUUCCUAGAGGGAAUCAACACUGAUGUGAUAGUGGAAGUGGGAGGAAGAAGAAUAAAAGCCCACAAAUGUAUUUUAAGUUCACGUUGCCAGUACUUUGCUGCUGUUCUAAGUGGUGGAUGGGUUGAGAGCGCUGGCAAUGUAAUCUCACUACAAGGGUUUUCUUACACUGUAGUACACUUUGCACUAUGUCACAUCUACAGUGGAGCAAGCACUAUUCCUGAUCAGAUCAGCAUUGUUGAAUUAGCUAGUUUAGCUGAUAUGCUUUCCCUUGAAGGUUUGAAAGAUGUAAUUAUGUACACUUUAAAAGUAAAAUACUGUCAUUUUUUCCACAAGCCAUGUGCUGUGUGCUCUGUUGGGGUGUUGGAAUGUUUACCUUUGGCUGCAGCCUACGGUUUAGAUGACAUAUAUCGGAAGAGUCUGCGGUGGAUUACAAAGUAUUUUGUUCGUAUUUGGCCCACUAAAACAUUCACAGCCUUACCACGUGAGCUCAUGGAAAAAUGUUACCAGCAACAUAUUAUACAUAUGACUGCAGAAAAUGUACUUGAAACCAUUCUAUGUUGUGAUAAACUUCUUUCAACUAUACCAACAGUUCGAUGGGCUGAACCUGUCUUUUCUCUAACAUCAAGACUAAUGGAGAUGUGCAUCAAAUUUAUGUCUGACAACUUUUCUGCUGUGAUGUCUUCUGAAAAUUUCCUUUCAAUGGGGAAAGAGGUACCAUGGAAUGUUGGAAGAUUCCAAGAAAGUCUUGUUUCUGCAUGUGAACGCAUGCCUCCUGAUCAAUCAUGCCGUUCAUAUAAACAACUUCACAGUGUACUUGAAGUUGUUCAAGGGUCAGACCCUCCUCCUGAAAUGACAUGGCACCCUAACUUUGUGGAACUGUUGGUUCAUUUGCAUGAUCUCUCUGAACGUACAUUGAUAAGGCAAGCUGCUCGAGCCGCACGCACUCCAGGGUGGGGUCAGAUGCCUACUGAGCUGCGACGCAAGAUCCAAGAUGCAGCCUGUCUGGUGUUAGCUCCUGCUGACCAUGCAAGCUCUCGUUAUAAGAGGAUUAGUAGUGACGGUUUGAAGCAGACUGGUCAACAAAGCAGUUAUUCUCGUAACUUAGACCUGCAUCAAGUUAAAAUGGCCAUGGCACAGCAUGCUCGACGGACUAAUAGUAAUGAUACCAAUGCUGCAAGCUCGGUUGUAGUUCGGAAAAAUAUUCCUUCAAACCGGUCUAACACAGUGGCUCGAAGAAGUGCUCCAGUUGCCACCAACAAGCCUAAACAAGCUGAGAAAUCAACUUCGGCUCCAUCUCAAGGACGACCAAUUACCUGGCCGGCUCAAGUUAAGUCUAGGUACUUAGAAAAGCGUCCCAACCAUUGCAAGCAAUCUAUAGAUAUCCAAGAGCAUAAAAAGCGGGUGGAUGCUCCAGUACCGCAGAGGCGAGUGCCACCUCCUGUCAAAAGCAUGCUUUUAUCUUCAUCAGACUCCUCUAGAAACUCAUCACCAGCCAUGAAGAGAUCUAACAACAUGAUUUCAUCCAUUUCAAAAGUUACUGAUUCGUCUUCCAGAACCAGGGCUGCCACUGUAACUGUUUGCAACUCCUCCGCUUCUCGCCUUGAUGUAACAAACUGGAAAGAAGAUGGUAUCUCAAGAAGCACUGACAACAUAGCCAGGCGUUCGUUACCCACGAAUGACAAAGCUCUCUCUAUGACUGAAUCCAUAAAGACACCUCUUGCUGCCAGAAAAGUGAAGGAUUCCGUGUCUCCAGAAAAUCCUCUCCAAGCAAAGCAGGAUGGUGCUGACAGUCAAACUCCAUUGACUCUUGACACACGUUCACAAAGCAUAACAAUGUCCAAUGAUUCUUUAGCUACAGUAUCAUCUUCUGAUGAUGUUCAUUUGACUUAUUCUGAAAAGAGUCAGGAAACCAAGAGUUCCAAAUUGUUGCUGAAUAGUUCUUCCCAGGUGCAUACUAAUGGAUUAAAGAAAAGUGAUGCAAACCUUUCAAGAACACCUCUCAUCUUGGCUAAUAAAAGGGCUUUAUCAUUAAAUGCACAAAAUAAAACUCUUACAUCAAAAUCAAGAACUCCAGACAGUAAUACUAUUGGAACUUCCAGGACACCAUUGUCGCUCAUGACAAAAAGGAGUCUGUCCCAUAAUGUUAAAUCUCCAAUUUUGUCAAAUGCCUCCAGCCGCCUAGCAAUUCCUCUUCGAACAUCAAAAUCUGUAUCUUCCGUUCCUGAUAAGGGGCAGGUAAAAGCCAAUGUCUCUGCAGAGGGUUUGUCCUCUAAAAAACAGAGCAGUAAAGACCAACCCCGCAACGUCUCUGUCCCUUCUAAGCGUGCUAGCACAGGCAGUUCAAGUGUUUCUACUUCUUCAUUAGCAGGAAGAGUGUUAUCCUCGAGAGGAAGUAACAUUAAUAACAGUGAAAACAAAAGUUCAAAAUCUAAGAAAACUGAUAAAACUAAUGGGACUAGUAGCUUAGCUAGUACAGUGCAUCCCACUGUGGGGCCUCGAUCAGGGACAUUUUUAAAGGAUGAACCUACUAUCCUGAAAGCCCCUGUAGUGGAAAAUACUUGAUUUUUUUUAUCAGCGUAUCGAGUUAUGUUUUAUGUAUAAGGUGGCAUCACAUCAUUAUGCACGACCACUUCUAGUCAUUGUGCCAUUCAAGGCAAUAUUAUUUGUGUGCAUAUAUAUGUUUUAGUUAUGUUUUAUGAUAAACUAUGAGGUUUCAUUGUCCCUCUAGUGUAUGUUUUGCUGUAGAUGGAUGAAAAUUUUUUUUCAGACAGACAUCUUAUUUGGUUUUCCCCUUCUGUGAGAGUGCAUUUGUUUUCAUAGUCUGGAAAAUUGCUAUUGCAAUCUAUUAUGGCUCCGAUAUCUCACAAAUGUGCCAAUUGAACGCACUUUGUGCAACAGCCUUUUGGCAUGCUUUUCAUGCCUUGUCCUCAGAAAUUUCUUGACUAGUACAAGUUUGUCUUAUUUUGCUUCUAUUGUUACACGUGCUGUACUUUUGACCGUAAAAGUGGAACUCCAUAUGAAUGUUUAAGAAGACGCUUCUUACUGUAAAUAUUGUACGUAUGAAUCAAUUAUCCUAGAACUGAUUAGAUUUCGCUCUAAUUUUCCUUAUUCUUAAAUAAUAAAAUAUGGUGUCUAGUCAGCUGUUCCAAAAAUAGAGAAGGAAAUACUUCACAUUCCUAAGAAUUUUGCUUAUGAUGAUGUUCCAUGAAUUUAUUCUAUACAUUGCAUUUAUUGUCUGGUGAUGAUUGUGCAUACCCUAUUCAUGCACAAACUGUCGUACAGUACUGUUCCGAGUGGAAAAUUUAUCUUACCCUGUGAUAAUGGAGGCUUCAGCCUUUUUUCUUUUAUGCAAUUUAAAUGUAAGUAUCCAUAUGAAAUUCCGUUGUGUAAUGGGAGGCUUUUUUUCUUUUUGGUUUUUGAGAGGAAGAUGUGUGUACUUAAAUGAAAGAAGUUUCCUGCAGUCCUAAUUAAGUGAGAGAACUGCCCAGUGACAUCCCUCUUAUAAUUCUUUUCAUACUUUAGUUUAUUUGUUGGUACACUUCAUGUGAAUUUUGCCAUCUCAUUCGUUCUAAAUAUAUUUUAUUUAUAAAUAGCUUUGAAUUCUGACUGUCAUUGUAAUCUGGUAAUGAAGCCUUUGUGAUUUAAGUACUUAUAGGAAGCCAGAGCUUGAUAGUGUUUUCCUUGAUGUAUACAUAUUAAACCUAGUAAACUACUCUACAGUCUUUCGACUCUAAAUUUACUACUUCGAAUGCUUAUUGGGAAUAAAAUAAGCACUCUGAAAGUUAAAUAUAGUUACUUUCCAUGGAAAGAAAAAUUGGGUGUCUGGCUUUUCACUCGCCGUUAACACUUGAUACUUAGCUGGUAAAAUUCCACUGCAUCAUGCUUGCUUGUGUAGCUUCUACAAAAAUUAUACUAAAGUACCAUGAUGAUUUUAUAUACAUCCUGUAUUAUUUUAAAAUGAUUGUGUGAUAAAUUUUCCUAAUCGAUUGAUUAGUGUCCCUUAUGUUUCUAAGUUUAAGUUGAACCAAAGAAAUGUAGUUAUUGUGUGUCCAUGUAUUUGAACAGUACAAUAGUGCAUAGAGAAUAAGUUAUCUUUUUGUGCUAUAGCUAAAGAAGUUGUGUUGAUAACCAGUGUGUUUGCUUGGGACUGUAAGUCUGUUUGUGUGUGUGUGGAAGGGGGCAGGAGGGGGAGGCAUUGAUAUGGAACAUAAAUUGUACAUUCCUUCAAGAAAGUUAAUUUCUAAAAUUCGUACAUGUUAUCCAACUUUAUUGGUUCUUCUUGUUUUCCUGUUUAUUUUUUUCUGUCAGAAUACUUUAUGCUGUAGAAAGCCUUGAUCAUUGUUUAGUGAGGGUUUUUUCCUUGUUGAUCUUUACUUGUUACUAUCUGCAAAACGGGCAACAUUUAAGGUUUUAUGCUUGUGGGCUUUAUUGUCAAUAAAUAUUUUCCAAAAUGA